CCAUCUGAAUUCAACAUCUCAUUUUUAUUUCUCUCACUACUUCUCUCUCCAGCAAAACUAUUUUCUCUCUCUAGCAAACCCAUCACCACUCGUUCCUAAUUUCUUUCACUUUUCUUCUAUCUCACAUUGCACAACCCAGAUCUUUACUUCUUAGGCUUUGUUUGUGUGCACAUUGCAGAAGCCGUUUCAAAGUACAUUUCACUGAAACGGGAACCGACCUAGGGUUAGGGUUCCGAAGGUUGUUUUCCCAAGUCCUACAUCUCCGGAAAUAGAGAGAUGGAUCCCGACUCGGUUAAAUCGACUCUGUCCAAUUUAGCAUUUGGAAAUGUAAUGGCAGCAGCAGCUCGUAAUUAUCAAAAGGAAUUGUUAUCUCAAGAAAGGGUACAGACAUCUACCUCUGUUAAUGAGGAGGUCGAUCUUGAUGAGCUGAUGGAUGAUCCUGAACUGGAAAAAUUACAUGCCGAUAGGAUCGCGGCUCUUAAGAAAGAAGCUGAGAAGCGACAGGCAUUGAAGAAGCAAGGGCAUGGGGAGUAUAGGGAGAUAACAGAAGGGGACUUCUUGGGUGAAGUCACUGCGAGUGAAAAAGUGAUCUGUCACUUCUACCAUCGCGAGUUCUACCGUUGCAAGAUAAUGGAUAAGCAUUUGAAGUCCCUUGCACCAAGGCAUGUUGAUACCAAGUUCAUCAAGUUGGACGCUGAGAAUGCGCCUUUCUUUGUUGCCAAACUAGGAAUCAAAACUUUGCCUUGUGUCAUAUUAUUCAGGAAAGGAAUUGCAGCAGAUAGGCUGGUUGGGUUCCAGGAUUUGGGAGGAAAAGAUGAUUUCAGCACAAAGACACUGGAGGUUCUACUAAUAAAGAAAGGAAUAAUCAGUGAAAAGAAAGAAGAUGAAGAUGGAAAUGGAGACAAUGGUUAUCCCGAAAGUAUACGCAGGACAGUGAGAUCCUCUGUGGAUCCUGAUCCUGAUUCUGAUUCUGACUGAAGAGGAAACAAAACUGUCUGAAUUAUUGACUUGUAUUAGUGGUUGCCUUAAAACACGUGUGCUUGCAUAUCUUUUGUUAUAUGUUUACCACCUCUUGAAACCUUUUAUUUUCCAAAAUUGUACUCUUGAAAACAAUUUUGAGUCAUAAAAAAGAACCGUACUCAAGGCACUAUAACAUUUUAGUGUUUUGUGCAUACAUGCAGGCCAUAGAAAUUUUAAUCCAGUUUAUAUUUUUCCA